AAGCCGCAGGUCGGUCGAGUGCGUUGGUGGAGACACGAUGACGAGUCCGCCACCGGUGCUCAAGGAAGGGUACCUCACGAAGCGGAGCAAGGACUCGGCGCUCGUGACGAACUGGCGCAAGCGAUACUUCCGCCUUGUGCCGGGCGAGUUGCUGUACUUUGAGUCGAAAGAGGAUCUCGAACCUCGGCGUCGCAUCCCGCUCGGCUUGGACACCGUUGUCAGUUUGAACAAUGAUCAGGGGUACAACUUGUGCUUAUCGGUCAAGUCGUCCCCAACUUCCGAAGUGUUUUAUGUGCAAGCCACGACCGAAGCAGAGAAGAAGGCAUGGGUGGAUGCGUUGUUUGAAGCGGCUCGUUAUACCAAAGAUGUUGUCGCGAAAGCUCCACUGCUGGAGCCCCCACCGCCGUCGACCAAAACGCGGGAGCUAACGCGUCAAGGCACGUCGGUCGUCCAUGCCGGCGUGCUACUCAAUAUUCGAGUCGUCCAAGCCAAGGGUUUGAUCGCAGCCGAUACGUCUGGUACAAGCGACCCGUACGUCGUCGUCACGUUGCUGGACAAGAACGCGUUCCCGAUCAAGCACACGUCCCAGAAAACCAAAAUUAUCGACAAGGCGCUUGACCCCGUGUGGAAUGCUGACAUGCGCUUCGGCGAUAAAUUGGACCUGAACACUGUCGGCGCGAUUCGAUUCGAAGUGAUCGACCAUGACAACUUUUCCAAGGACGACAACAUUGGGGUCGUCACCGUUCCCCUCGGGUGUUUCAAAAUGAGCGUAGCGAGCGCCACGUCGUCGGAAACGAUCGACCACUGGUUCCACAUCGACCCGCCACUCACGGGCGCCCGGCCGACGACCAACUUGCUCGCGUUUGGCCAGAACGAGCGGCAAAUGGACGAACGAGACCACGGCGAGCUCCAUUUAAUCAUGAACCUCAAGGGCGCGGGGCUCCCAGAGUUUUUUCGCAACUUGGAGCUGCGUGGAUCCAGUCCCACCAAGCACCAGCUCACGUCAUCUCUGGACGAGACGGACAACAGGCUCGAGGUCACGGUCGUAGCGGCAAAGGACUUGGUGUACUUCGAUCCAAAGGAUCCGUCCGGCCAGCCCACGCACGCCGUGAAUCCCAUGUGCGAGAUCACGCUCGUGGAUGCCAAGACCCGUGCAGCAAUGAAACACGAAUUGUUUCGCACGGUCGUGCAAUUCAAAACGAUCUGUCCGGUCUUUCCCGACGCCAACUUUGUCUGCGGCCGCGUCGCCGACAUUGACCGUGCCGGAGCAGUCAAAGCUACCCUGUACCAUGUCGAGAACGCCAAGCAGAGUGUCGCGUUGGGGUCUGUGGAAGUCGACCUCCACACCGUGUCGGCCUUCAAGGUGGCCAAUUGGUACCCGCUGUACUCGCACGCGACGCCACCUGUAAAGGUCGGCGAAGUGCGGCUCCAGCUAACCCUCAUUGGCGAAACCCGAGGCGAAAAGCAGCAGCGAGAACAGAUCAAGCGGGCCAUCAAUGCUGCUGCCAACGCAAAAUCCCUCGAACAAACAGAGUUGGAGAGCGCGCAAUUCCUAAUGCUGCAGUCCAUGCGCGACUUGGACGGGGCUCGCGUGUCUUGCGCUGAAGAAGGGUACCAAAUCCGCCAUCCCAAGUUCUACGGUGUCAAUGGCUACCUCCACGCCGCCCAUGCUCAGCUCGUGCAGGCCAACUCUCGCCACCAAACCCCCGACGACGUGUUUCAGAGUCGAGGGCACAUCGAGGGCUACGCUUUGCUCGAUGUGACAGUUGUCGGGGUCCAUAACAUGCAGCUCGGCGACCGCAUGAACAUGCCUGGGGUGGGAACCUAUGCUCGCAUUGACGUGGAGCCGACUGCCGCAGUCACGAAAGCCAAGCGCAUCUAUAAACCGUACCUGGCGCGAAAGGCACACAAAGCAGCGCCCGGCCUCAAGCCCAUGCAGUCUCAGCGAGUUGUCCAACACGAUAGCGAUGGACGCGAAAUCAACUUGAACGUGGGAGCCGUGCGCCAGGCAAUUUGGGGGAAAACCCCCGUGGCAGGCGAAGUCUCACCGAGUCGCCAGCGCAUCGGGCGCCACGAAGCGCGCAUCGAACGAAACCAAGCGAUGGCAGAAGACCGGCCGUACCUACGCGUCCGGGUUGUGUCGGGUCACAACUUCAUCGCGGGCGACAUGAACGGCUACAGCGAUCCGUACUGCACGCUCUUCCUCACGAACGCCCAAGACGUGCCGUUCGAACAAGAAAAGAAACGGACGGCUGUCGUGAGCAAGACGCUCAACCCUGUGUGGAAGCACGAAGAGUUCAUGUUUGGCUUCAACAUCGACCUGAACGACGCCAAGUGUUUGCUCGUGCAUGUGAAGGACCACAACAACAUUGGCAAGAGCACGCCGCUCGGUCGCGUCGAGAUUCCGCUCCAAGACCUGUGCCAGGCGUCGGCGACCACAACGUCGAUCAGCUCGGUCGCUGUCACAAAGCGCUACCCCAUCACCCCCGAACCUUGGAUGAAAAAGCAAAACGUGCACUUGGGUGAGCUCUGCCUUGAAACAGAAGUCAGGGGAAACGCUACCGUCUUGGCCAAGUUGCUCAUGCGCCAGAACCAGCUCCUGACGACCAUGACGUCGGCGCUGUCUGUGAACAGCGAGGUCUCCGCGGGGGGCGACGCCGUGCUGUCGAUGGAGGACGAAGAGGCAGUGUACGAAGAAGGCCAGAUCGUUCGGACGGUGUCCGUGGGUGGAACCGAGCCCCAGUGGAAGACAGAUCGAUUCCAGUUGCAGCUGAGCUACAAUCGCCUGCUAAGCGACAACGUCGACACCGUCGUGUACCGCAACGAAGGCUUUCCGUACGACGUCCGCGUGACCGUCAUGUGUGGGCGCAACUUGAUCACGUGCGAUCGAAACGCGGAAGCGGAUCCGUUCUUUACCAUCACCCCCGUGUGGGGCACCGGCGACGUGCUGUUGGCAGCAAAGCGCCAGAGUCUCACCGUGUACGAGAGCAGAAACCCCGUGUGGCCUGCGCAAGAGUUUGUCUUUGGGUCCACGUACGACAUUACGCAAAUGUCGCACCUGUCGAUUCACUUUUACGACCGCGAUUGGGCUGACCUGGACACGUCCGCGCUCAAGAAUCUCGGCAACCCGGGCGAAGUCAACAACACGGUCGUCAUUCCGCGGUCGCAACUGCGCAAAGUCACGCCGUGGGGCGACGUCGACCCGAAUCCCGUUAUGGAAGUCCUCGAGUAUGACCAAAAGGUGCUGGCGUUCCGCAAGUGCGGAGUCGACGGGGGCAAUUACUUUCCCGCCCGCAUUCGCCACUACACACCGUUCCCCACAGACAUGUACCUGGUCCUGUUCGAAGACAGCUUGGACUCGAUAUCCAAGAUUCGGACACUCAUGAGCUACGACGUCCAAGGCGAAAUCGCGUACGUUCGCGGCGAUGGCACCGUCGACGUCAAACUCGUCGGGGGCAACGGCGGGAGCGCCGACUAUUUGUCUCGCGUGCCCAUUCGAACUUUGAAACCUGUCAACGCGUUCAACGAUGCCACCGACACGACCUUGGCGGCCCCCACCAUGCAUGGCAAGUGGGAGCAAGUGCAGCUGCAAGUGCUGUCAUUGACAGAGUUUCUGCUGCCGAACCCGACCGUCCGUCCUGCCGUUGUCGUGACGCUGGUUUCGUAUCCAAACGAGCGCACGGUCACAACAAACCAGCGCGGAGAGAUCAUGGCUGCCACGAUGACGGCAACUCCCUCGGAAGACGCGCACGCCAAGGUCCCCAAGUUUGGUGGGAUUUGGGGCAAAAAGGACAAGGCACCCGCUGCAACGACGUCCGCAUGGACGUAUGUUGUGCCCGCUGGCACGAAUAACCCAGGCAGCGUGAGCCUUAGCACAGUUCCCCCUCUUCUGCUCGAGAAGCCUCUCGUGGACUCGACCGCGGCCUUGGUUGUACGUGUUGUGGAUCAAGGGACUGCCGACACUCCGUCGCUGGACCAACCGUGCUUGGGACUCGUCAAGAUCGACUUGAGCGCGUGCGAAGAAGGCAUGGGCAACUGGCAUCUCAAAGUCGUCCCUCCAGAGAUGUCCCAGCCCUACAACAAAUUCUAUGGCGCGAUUCAUUGUCGCACCACGUGCACGCCUCUCCUCGUAGACGACGAUGUGAUUUUGCCGACCAGUGCGCAGACUCUGGCCACCCCAACGAUUGCAUCGACGAAGGGGGUCGCGGAAUGGUACGAAGAUGUCUUGGCCAAGGAGAAACGGAUGGCGUCGUUCAACUGGAAGGCGAUGUGGGUCCCGGAAACAGUCGUCGAGUACACGUACUUGGCGCGACGCCAAGCUCUGCGUGGGUCGCUCACAGCUCGCCAAAACCGACAGAUCGACAACUUAGGGACCGCACUCAAUGCCAUCUACCGCCACGUGCUUGGCGCCCUGCGCGAAAUCGCCCUCUUUGACGAAUUUGAAGGGCUGUCCCACGACGACAUGCUCAAGUUCAAUGCGGUCCACACGUUGAGCGCCCACCCCGACAGCGAGUGGCUCAAUCGCCGCAUCAACGAAAUGAGCGUCCACGUGCGCAAGAAGAUUGUUGUCGACUUGGAAAUGCAACUGCUCAUGAUUGCCGGAGUCAAAACACUCCCAGCACUCCCGCUGCCAGAUGCAACGUUGGACACGUGGCUCGCGCUGCGCAAGGCCCGACAAGAUGCUCUUGCGCCGUACAGCGACUUCUUGCCCACGGAGCGAGGCUUGCUGCUCAAGUAUUCGGCAUGCUUUACUGGCGAAGGAAUUGUAUCGUGGAUCCUUCGGCGUCCGAGUGUCUUGUGGCAGGACGAGUGGGUCCAGUUUGCAUGGAACGAACUGAGCGACAACAGCUCCAAGCUGCACUGGAACGAUCCCGAGCUCAAGGUGAAUGCCGAGGCGAUGCAAGCGCCGGAAGGCCGCGAACACGUCACGGUGUGGCUCAAGGCGCUCUUCGACGUCGGCCACUUGGAAAGCGUCAGUGAAAAGCGCGAUUUUGCCGACAAGGCGGACCGAUUCUACCGCAUGCACGCGCUCGAGUUUGAACGAUUGCACAUCCACGCGUCGGAUAGCACGGCGCCGUUGGACUUGGUGCACGAAGUGGACUGCGACACGAGCGAAGGCGAAUUGUUUUGCAAAAAGCUGACGAGCCACGCCGCGGGAUUCCUUGGCACCGUGAGCGCCGUGUCGUCGCUGAUCGGCAGUGCCGUCGACGCCGUCGAGAACCUCGGACGCUUCAACGUCCCCACCUGGACUGUUCCCAACGUGUCCACGUCAUUAGGGCUGCCCCAAGACUCGCUAUGGCAAUGGCGGUACUGCAUCUUCCGCCCCGAUUCCAAGUUGCUGUACCUCUACGAGUCUGUCAACUCGACAAACGCGACCGCAAUCGUGGAUUUGUCCGUCACCCACACGAUCGUGACGUACGCAAACCCCAAAGUCCACGGUCCCGACUGCUUUGAGAUCCGACAGCCAGUGUUCCUGGCUCCGCAUCCGACGACGAGCAAGUUGGUCCGCAUGACGGACGCCGACCUGGACGCAAGUUUUCUCGGCAACAUCGAGUGUAAGGCCAAGUUGGUGCUCAAGGCGCAAGACUCGCAAGUGUGGAUGCAGGCGAUGCUCAUGGCAGGCGUCAAAGUCACGUUGGAGAAGCGACAAAAGGUCCUCGUGUCGCGCUUGAAUGCCAACGUGUUGCAUGCCAAGUGCAUGCAACACUCGCUCAACUUUUCGUCCGCCGACCUCGAAGGUUCGUUCCAGCAUUUGAUGAAUCGCGUGUUUGGCCAUGACCACGUCGCCGCACGGAGCUCGGAUCGCCAUGUCAAGGAACACCGUGCAAAGGUGCGUGCGGAGCUCAAGAAAGCAGGGUCGGAGGGGCUCGCGAUUUCUGCCAAGUACGGUCGCAGCAAUCGCUUUGAUCCAGGGCCGACAGACCCUCGCAAGUACACCCCAGGCUACGAGUAUCCCGCGCGCAUUGUAGUCAUCCGCACGCCGUUCACAGACGCCACGUACCCCGUGAAGAAGCAAUUCUUGAUCGAAGCAGCGCCGCCCCGGUUGAAGAAACUCCUCCAAGAGUACAAAAUCACGACGCGGGCGUCGUGGUUGGAGCAGCCGGUGGCGAUUCGCGACCGGUUUUUGCUGUACGAUGUCGAGUACAGCGACCAGAUGGAGACCGUGAUUGAAAAGGACAUGCUCCGCGAAGACUUUCGCACGAUGGACGGCGACUUGGACCCUGCCAAAGUCCGCGACAAGUGCCUUGAUCUCAACUACACGUUCCACCCCACGGACUUGGAGGGCUGUGUCAACCGGUUUGCCGAGAUGUCCAACGGCGAAACCCCCAUGGGAUGCUUAAAGAUUCAAUUGCAGUCGCUGUCCGAGCAGCGCGAAAUCGACUGGUGGUACAAACUUGCGCCUGAGCGAGGCAUGGUACAGCGCCGGGAGCUUGGCAUGGUGCGUGUCCGCGUCGAAAUGCGAAAGCACGACAAGAAAACGUGCUUGGGAAGCACGCCAUUGCCGCCGCCACUGGCGCACCAAGUCGAACGGGCAAUUCAAAUGCAAAUGAAAGCAAGUUCCGUCAACGACUCGAACUGGUUCAAUCGCCUCAAAAAGACGAUUUCGUCGCCGUUGGGGUCGCCGGCCAAAGGCAACAAGCCGCCCGUCCUGUCGGUUCUACAAGUGGACAUUGUCGAGGGCCGGAAACUUAUCAUUUCCGACAUCCGCACGUCCGAUCCGUACGUUGUCGUGCUGCUUGUAAACUUGCAAGACGAGGAAAAAGCGUGCGGCAAGACGGACAUCGUGCCCAGCACACUCAACCCCAAGUGGAAGAACCAGCAAUUCACCCUCGGGCGCACCGACGAAACACACUUGCACGACAAGAAAGCACUGGUCCUUCGCAUAUUUGACCAUGACACGUACAGCGCCAACGACCCGAUGGGCUACCUCAAGCUCGAAUUUGGCAAAGACGAGCGCGGCUACAUCCGCAAGGUCAAGCUGCACCAUUCCGGGCCCGGGGGAACGCCGACGUCGACGAUCCUGGACGUGUCCAAGGACGGCGAAGUCGAAGUGUUUGAGCGGCUUCUCCGCGACACCAAGGCCGGACAGUCUGCGUGGGCGAAAGCCAAAGGCAACUCGGAGGAAGACGGGGUGUUAGGUCGUCUGCGCUUCAAACUAAAGCUGACCCACCAAGACUACGUCGACGACAAGAAUGCAGCAGUGACGAACCCGACGGCAGUGUCGACGCAAGUCGUAAACACCACUGCCAACCACUUGACUCGGUUUGCCGCCGAAAUUUUGCUCUCCCGCGUCGACAACGACGAGCACCUCGACACAAUGACGUGGGCGCUCGUCCCUCGUACGAACGAAGGACACAUGAUCAUGUACGAUUCGAAGGCGGAGCAAAUGACCCACGACAGCAAGAAGCCUCUGCGCGACCACGUCAAUCAGCAACUUGUGUGUGGUCUUUCGUACGACGUUAGCCGCGUCGCUACGUACGAUGUGGUGCUCCAUCACAUUGAGAACGGUCGCACGUUUUUGGGAACAUGGUCAUUGCAUCCGGCCAUGGACAACACGGUGGUGGUCGUCACGUGCAAGUGCACGGACAAAGGCGACGCGAGCGCGAUCCAGGUGUCGUUGGUUGUGUCGUUUAUCGGCCUCAACCGGGCCGACUACAUCAAACGGGUGUUGAACGAGACGUACCAGCACGCGAGCCUCGAGUUUGACGCGAGAAGCGUGGCAGCCCUGGGCGAGACGGCCGAGCAGUUUUUGUGGGAUGUGUGCAACGUCCAAGUGUCGCCCGGUCAAAACGUCGGCGACUUGCUCUUGGCGCAGCUGCACACGAUGCACGCGAGCUCUCUAUUGCAUUGGAAGCAUACACCCAAGUUGCUCUUGUUUGUGCUGCACCACGCGUUGGCCACCAACACGAAGGAUCGCGUGCCCUUUCGCCACACGGUGCCGCUGGAUGACAUCUUGACGCGAUGGUCCAAACUCCUGAGCUUUGUUGCCGAAGCCAAGUCGCAGCUCACUGGUCGGCUGCACGGCGAGCUCACGCCGCGACUUGUCUCGACGCUGGCGUCACUCUGCGACUGGACAGUCGAGCCCGAUGGGGCGACGGCAACCCGGUCGUUGCCGCAACUUCACGUCGGCGACAACAUUCACGCGUAUAUUCCAGCUCGUGCGACGAUCCAAGUUGGUCACUUGGUAGACGUACGGCUCCUUGGCACAAAUAAAUCCGAGGUGGCCGCCAAGUUCUACCCUGGCCGCGUGCUCAAGACGUACCCCGACGAGUUCGUGGAUGUCCUGGUGGCGUCCAACUUGCACUGGUCCGUCGCGCCAAUUCCAGAUGCGCUCCUUCCACCUCUCCACCCCGGCGACGCGGUGUACGUUGGAGACGCUGCGACGAGCGUUUACGAGCUGCGCAAAGCCACGAUUGUCGAGUACAACGCGGCUCAUGACAUCCCAGAGAUGCCGUACUUGGUUUCGUACACGGACGAAGUGCCGCCAGUGUCGAAUCGCCCGCGGGAGUUGUGGGUUCGCCGCGACCAGCUCGUGCAAAUCUUGCCGCGGUACCCUGUCGCAGAUGUCAUGCCCCAGCUCCAGCCCCAUGAAUUUGUGCAUGUGUCGUCGGAGCAAGGCAAGGCAAACAGGGCGGCCAAGAUCAUUAAAGGCCACGGCAACGGAACGUACUCGGUCCAGUUUCUUGAAGGGUCGUUGGCCAUUGAAGCCAACGUCGUUCGCGACCGCAUCAGCCCGACCUCAACCACAACGCUCGUGCGGGGUGUUGUCAACAACGUCCACGCGGACGGCGAUGCAUACGAUGUCUUGGUCGACCAGAGUUGGGCACUAGCGACGGCAAUCCCUCGCGAAGCCAUCCGACUUUGCCAUGAAGGAUGGAGCACGGAUCGAUACAAGCUUGCAUCUGUGUAUGUUGUCGACGCAGCGUGCGGGCAACCCGGAAGCGCUACCGCGUCCAGUUUGGUUCACUUGUGGCAAGACGUGAAUGUGAUCCAAACGAUUUUGGAGCUUCCGGGGCCCGUCGGGUCCGUGCAUGCGCGCGAUGGCCUCCGUGGCCAUCUCAUUCAGCUCAUCGAACGCGACGACGUGGCGCCAAAGAUACAAGGACAAUACCACGGGUACACGAUCGGAUCCAAGUUUGUCGACGUCGACAAGCGCAAGGUGAUGCAGCUGAAAAACCAGCCGCAAGAUCACAUCUCGUGGGCAAACAUCGUGUCCGUGACCAUCGCGCCGGAGCCAUAUGUGUCGGUCCACGGAUCGAUCAACAUCGCGGGGACACAUUCUCGAGCGUUCCGUGCCCUCAUCGACCAGUGGAAGGCCAAAGAGCUCGGGGCCGUCAUGACGCGGCUUCUGCUUGAGAUCAUCCUGCAAGGGCAGCCGUGGACACAAGAUCUUCCGUCGAUUCGAGUCGCCAAGAUCACGUCCUCUGUCAAUGGCAAAGCCGUCAACGACGUGUCGCUAUCCCUUCUGGGCUCGAUGGAUGCGACGUAUGUCAGCACUGGCAAGCGCAUCAAAGGAGUCGCGCCAUCCUUGCUGACCGUUCACGUGCACUUCGAAGUCCUCGUGCCUCUUUGCGACGCCGUCCCGACCUCAGCUGCAGAAUCGGCGGCCGUGGCACUCGAUCGCGCAAACGAUAUCGUGCUGUUGAUGUCAGGAGUAACGUGCUUGGUUCACGUGAAGGACCAGUGGAGCUUUAGCCACACCGAUGCGCGCACCGCACCGACUGACGCAGUUCUCGUUGUGGGCAUUUCGAACGGAGAUCACACAGGAGCGCCAAGGCCUCAGCUGGCCCUCAAGGCGCUGGACGACGUCCGUCUGGAUGUCAUGACGUCCGACGGGACAACGUUCCAAGUCAACUUGGCGGAAGAGUCCCUACGCCGCGAAUGCCAAUUGCGCCACGAUUUGCUGCCGCUGUGUCCGGCAGUCGUCAUGGGAACUGUGGGUACAUCGGCUAGUCGGUGCGACGUUUGCUUUGUCGACGACCCCGAUGCGGUCCCCCAUUCGAUUGCCUUGGCCGACAUUCGCCUGGACAACUUGACCGUUGAAGUACUCAGUGCUCGCGACUUGUACACGACCAUGACGCGAGAAGGGCAGCGCCAGGACGAAGACAUUUGCGUCAAGGUGUACUUGUUGACUAACGAAGUCCCACCAAAUGGCGGGCGCAAUCGAUUCGGGUACACUGUGACGUCGGACGGCGCGGUCGUUCGAGACUUGAGGGACAUCGAGUACCCCCGCACGACAACGACGGAAUCACUGAAGAGCAAACAUCCCGACUGGGAUAAGAGCCAAAACGUCAAAAAGUUCUUCUUUGGCCACCCGACGGUGGAUUUGACGCACAUGACGAUGCUGGCGCUGGAAGUUGUGAGCAACACGACCGGCAAGACCAUUGGCAUUCACACUGCCCCGUUGGCGUCGAUUCAAGAUAGGGAGGCGACGCGGACAGAAGUGCUGUUUGUCAAGGGCGACCCGCUCAACAAAGAACCCCAAGGCAACAUUACGUUCCGCGUGUGUCGUGACACGCAAGUGGCUGAAGGAUCCAAGGUCCUGGCGCGCCUCGGCUCGGCGCGGGACAAGUGGAUUUUGAGCCCCAUGGAACUCUUGACACAGUCCAUGAAGUUCAAAACAAAGCACGCCGAACGUGGCCUGGCUGACAAGCUUGCCGACGUCAUUGUGGCCAACAAUGCCAUUGAGCAAGAGAAAGAAGUCCAAAAACUGCUGCGGCUCGUUCGCCUCUUACACUCUCAAUCAAACCUGAAGCCCACGGGACGCAGAAACCGCGACCAGCGCGCGUUGACGGUGGCGACAGCGUCUCCGCCGCCCCAGCCCACGUCCCUCAACCAAGUUCAAGCAAAGCACAUUUUGGCCGCGGGACUGGCCACUGCCGAGACGGUCCUGGAAUUGGUUCAGAUGCGAGGCGGCACGUCGUCUCGUUCGAUGGCCCGACGCAAGUGGUCGGCGGACUAUGUUGACGAAGACAUGGUCGAUGCCACUGAAGUGGACGUUGAGCAGCGGUCGCCUUUUGACAUUGCCACCGAUCGUUUGCGCAGCACGCUGCUCAAGUUGCACGGCGUGUGCACCCGAAAGCUAUUGCCCAAGCUCGACGAAAUGACCGCCAUGUCCAAGGCUCCCCACGUUCCACUGGCGACGGCGCAGGCGCUCUUGACGUUCUUCGAAGACGAAGUCGACGACUUGGACAAUGAGGACUUUCAAGCGUUUGACGGGCUACAAAAACGGACGCGCGUCAUUCAGCUGACACAGCUCCUCAGCGACUUGAUGCGCGCCUACGUCAAGAUAUCGAUUUUUGUCGACCAAGACGCGAAAAACCACGCAGCGAGUCGAGACGAGCUUGUCGGGGUCGCCAACAUCCCUCUCAUCGACCUCAUCGACCGCAAGGAACACAACCAACAGUACGCCCUGCACUUGGACCGCGUCUAUCGGGACCAGCAUAAUCCCGCAAACUCGGGCUACGAUCGGAUUCUACGCCGCGGCACUGUCCACGUCAGGACACAGCUCACGUUCUCGGAGGUGUCCCUCCUCGAAACAGCGAUCUCGAUCCUGAAAGAGUACAAGGCCAAGUACAUUUACCAGUUCGAAGUGGCGCGUCGCCGGGUCAAUUCCGCGGUUGUCCCAGCCCAGCGCCGCCGUUGGCAGACGCUCCUGGGGUACCUGGAAGCUCUCAAGGCCCAGUCGACGGGCAAAUUGCACUGGGAAACAACACCCACGCUGCUCGAGCACGUGUGGGACAUCUUUUUGAGCCACAAGCGACAGCUUCCAACGUUCUUAGUUAACUUUUCGUCCCAAGUCAACAUGUACCGCGAAGUUGUCGUCAAAGUGCACACCCGAUGGAUCAACUUGCAGCCAAAAUUGAACGAAUUGCUCGAAAUGCAGGCCCAGCCGCAGAUUCAUGCGUCGCGCACGCCGCAGCUCAUUGCGGAAGUCGAGGAGGAGAUCGAAGGCCUCGAUGUGCUUCGGAGCACUGCGUGGCUACAAGUACAAGGCAAGUGGCUUGCUCUGGAGGCUGCGCUGGAAGAGCUGGUUCAAAUGAAGGAGCGCAACAAGCUGCACAUGGGUCGCGCGCCGCUGCUGCUCAACUUUGUCGCUCAAACGUGCUCGAAAGGCCUCAAUGCCCGCCAUGCCGACGCAGUGUCGACGGUGCAGUUUCGGUGGGUAGCACUGACAAAGCAUGACGGUCCAAUCAACGAACUGCGCCUCAUGGACACCCACGGGUUACACUGGCGCCGAACGAACGACCUCUUGAUGCUCUUAAACGAGCAGUGCGAAGGGUUCAGCGAAGUCGACGAAGUCGCGCUAAAAGCCGUCACGGCGCGAUGGCAGCAGGUCGAGACGUGGCUCGGGGACUUUUUGGAAAUGCAGCUGGCGCACAAGAUCCAUUGCCAGGAAGCUCCGUUGGCGCUGCGCAAGUUCAACUUGAUUAAAGACCAUGCGAACUUGCCAUCGAGCAAGACCCACGACGAAGAAAGCGUCGAGGGGUUGCUGGAAUGGUACGCUCAAGAAGAAUCGCGCCGGGAAUUGAUGCGGUUGCCUUACCACCGCAUCACGACCGAUGCCGAGAGGGACAACUGGCUCGCAUAUUCCGAACACGGGCGGGACUCUCGGCUCCUCAUCACCAAACAGGAAAUGCUGUACACGCCCGAGAACGUCCGGGCGGCGCUCAUCGACCGCGGUGUCUUGCCAAAGUCCAUGUCGGUGGGUCAAAUCGAGCAGAUUCGCAAGUCUUCAGGUCUGUGGCCGCGUGCUGUGCUCGACGAAAUCGACAUUCUCGAGCUGCAAGUUGAGCAAGGCGCGGCCUUGCCGAACCCCGAGCGCGUCGUCGAGUUGUAUGAUGUGUUGGAAGAUGUGGGAAAGGGCGACUUGCUGUGGAAGGUCAAGCAUUGCGUCAACCAGAAUCACGAGCUGACUGUCCCCGAAACAUUUACCGAACUCUUGUACGAGCUCAAGAAGCGGUAUUUGCCAACCACGGAAGCCGAAGACCUGGUCAAGGGCUUGUUGAACACGAUGCAAAAGGAGCACCUGGCACGCCUUGGCAUCAAUGUCCCGGCUAACGCGAGCUACGCCAAAGUGUGCACGAUCAUGGUCGCGAACCAGGUCAAGGAAGUGCCGCUACCGUUAAAGACAUCAGACAUCCAGGACUUGCUCGUCGACCGUAACAUGGACAAGAAGGGCGAUCCAGUCUUUUGCCGCGGGGUGCGCAUCAACACGAACGCUAUUGGCACGAACCAGGAGCAUGGUCGAUUAGGCAUUGUCGACAGCCACGUGGAGGCAUUGCGCAAGCAGCUCUUGGUGGAAGCCAUGCGAAAGCGCAAUUCACUCGUGAAAACGUUCCCAGUGCCGUCCCCAGCGCUGGAGAAGGAACUCGCAGAUGUUGUUGAGCUGGACAUGAGCGGCGACUACAUGGUCUUGGUUCACCGAUUCCAUGCGUGGCUCGUUCACGAAACGUACUCGGCCCGUCUUGCGGGUUACGCGGCACUGGACCGAUGUGCCCGCGCGCUGGUUCAUGCCAAGCGCGACCAAGUCAUGACGAAGGAAGACAUGGCAGUGGCGCUGAUGCCACUCAACACGCGUCUUCCUGUCGAAGCGUUUACACGCGACGAGCUUCUCCAGGCAGCGCGGACGAAUCCAAGCAAGAUUAAACCCGCUUCCGAGUCGCUGGUCCAGGUGUUGCCGACGGCCGAGAACGCGAAGGCCAUGGCAUACUACGCCGCCCUCCGUACUACCGCGAAUGCAUUCCAAAAGCACACGUCGUUCGCGUCUCGAUUCGACGUAGCGACGCAGACGGCCGUCGACGCGAUGGACAUCCACUUAUCGUUUGAUUCGAUUCAGCAAACGUCGCUGCCGGACGACAAGUCCAAGUUGACGCUCGGGUACAUGAUGGCGGACUGGUUGCUCGGGUGCGACGAUACUCCGAUCAAGCUCAAGCACCUGGACGGACCGUACUACAUGCAGCGCUUGCAGUGGGCGUCGGCCGCGUUUGCGAUCCGCCACCGAUGGUGGCAGCGCGGUGUUGGAUGGUGCGACACGUCUCCGACCGCCCAAAUCGGCGUCGGUGUCAAGGUCCUGCUCGACGACUUGCUCCUCAUGUCUGGCGAGAACAAGAUGCACAUGCUCAAGGCAGAGCACUUGCUCAAGGAAAUCAACACGAAAUGCUACCAGCUCCGUUCGCGAGAACACGAAGCGCUCCAGACAAUCUUGUGGCGGUACAACGAAAACAUGACGUUGUUGGAAGAGUUGGUUCAGCACGCCGAACGGUGCAUCAACAACCGAAAGCUGCACUCUGAGCGCACGCCCGAGCUGCUUCAUUUGAUCCAGCAACACUGCGUCGUGCCCAAAGGCCUCAGCACGCGGCAUAGCGAAGCGUACAGCGUCGUGACCAAGCACUGGUUGCCGCAUAGCCGACAGCUCGAUGAGCUUGUCCAAAUGCACAAAGACGGCACGUUCAGCAUUAAUCGCACACCCGAGUUACUGGAAGCAAUGGCGACACAUACGGAGGGGUUGGCUGGCACUGCAGAGGUCGUCAAGCCCGUCGACGACUCGACCAACCAACCACUGGAUGAAUGGAGCGAGAAGCAGCUCGCUGAGUGGCGCAAAGGGCAGCGCAAGAGCGUCAUGAACGAGGUCGAGCCAGGGGUUCAUUUGAACUUGCCAGACGUCGCCUCGCUCUCACCAGACGAGGAGAUGUGGAAGUCGCUCGCUGUUGAAACCAAAUCCAAGCCGCCGAUCUCUCCAUUCAAACGCAGCGUGACAUGGUCGUUUGCCGAGGCGGCUCAGCAGGGCAAGGAUCAAGUGCGGGACGCCACGAGAGUGCUGGACCCGAACAAUCCCUUGGACACGACGAUCCUGCAGCUCGCAUCCAAGCACCAAGCUCCCCGAAAGCGCACGGUGAGCGAAGAGCUCUGCACGUUGCUCAAGGAGCCGACAAAGUGGCUGAUGAGCGGCGGCUCCCAGCAACCUGCGCCAGCGGUGGAGCGCAUUGCGGCGUGGAAAUUUUACCCCGCUCAAGUUGUCCAAGAAGAAGAGUAGUUGCUGCUGCGUAUUGGACGUCGAUAAGGUGUAAUGAUUGUAUUGUAUGACAACGAACCAAGAUGUCCGACGCAUGUGUGCCCGAUCGCUUAACGCAGCGCGCCCGCUUCGCGGAGCAUCGGGACGAGUUUACCAGCUUGGUGCAACGCCUUGGUGUCGCUACCACCUCCAAUGGACGAACCGCCGAUGAACACGUUGGGCACCGUGCGCUGGCCCGUGAGUUGGAAGCAUGCAUUCUGGACAUCGUCGCCCGUGGGUUCGUCGCCCAUGCGAUUCAGUUCGACGACGUGAAACGCGGCGCCAGUGGACUGGAGCACUUCCUUCGCCAUCACGCAGUAUGGGCACGUCGUCUUCGAGAACACCACGACGGCGUGUUGAGCGAUCACGUUCUUGACGAAUUGGAGCCCCGUGGUCAUGGUCGGGGCCGCUGCGGCUUGGCGGUGCA